UUCGUAAGCCGCUAGUCAGCAAAAGAGAACUGUACUCUUUGGAUCAUUUCGGAAAAUCCGUGGACAGAUCCAGAAUGGAACGCCUCAGCAUACUUUUCUUUAACCUCUGCUUUUUCGCAGUUCUAGUAGGAUCAAUAUACGCGGAUUCGUCGGCAACGACCGAAACUUCGAAAAAUGGUGCAUACGACAUAGGAGACGUCAAAAUUCAUCAUGCGGAUCUGCUGAAGAGCGUCGAGAACGAUUCUGAGAGCUCUUCGAUGAACGAGAACCACGUGAAAGACGCGGCUGAGCUUGGACAACACCCUGCGAAGGGUUCGUCAUAUCCGAAUAAAGCAUUGGAUGCAUUCACAACUUCAGUCCACUCUCCGAGCAGCUCUAUCGAUGAUAUGCGACAUUUGGGGCGUAUCGGAAAUCAAGAAGGCGAUGCGUCUCGAUCGGAUCGCAAAGAGGAAUCGGCUGUAGAUUUGUCGCACAAUAUCCUUCUGGAUCCUAGCUUAAUACCAGCUCGUCCGGCUCGCCAAGCUAAAAAAAGUGACGUAGAUUACACUACCGCAUCGAUUGAGGACAUCCCCGGCGAUGCUGAAUCUCACAACAACGUCGAGAGUAGGAGUAUCGAUUCGUCACUACGCAGCUCGGACCUUGAGGGUGAUCUCAGCGUAGCCGAAGAUAGAUAUCAAUCUCCGUAUCAAGCUCAGUAUCCGUAUUGGUACCGAGGUCAGUUUCCGAAUCAAAGAUAUCGAACGAACGACAGAAGAGAGCCUUAUCGUAACUACUUAAGAUACCCAGUGUUUCCGGGAAAAUAAAUCUUUAGAGGA